AUUUACAUAUAUUAGCUUCCCCGCCAAAUAAAAGUGGUAAAAGACUGAUCUUUUUGGUGAGUCGCUGCAGAAAUCCUGAACUGGAGGGAAGAAGAGGCCAUGGCGAACGACGAAGAAGAGAGGGUUCUGGAGACCCAAUUGGAGCUCCAAUUGCAUGAGCAACGUGACUCUCUCGCUGCCCUUAAAGAUGCCCUAGCUUUUGAUCCUGCCAAUCCCGAGCUUCUCUCGGUUUGUGAGGAGGUUGUUCAGGCAAUUAAAGAUGCUGAGGAGAGUCUUCUACAUUUAAAACGUGCAAGGUUACUUAGAGAAGUUGAUUCAGUGCUUCUAACUUCAUGUCCUACUGAUAAUGAGGCCAAGGUUGAGCCUCUUGAUCCAACAGAGGUUCAACCUGAACCUUUGGAGGAUAACCAAUGCUACAAAAUUGGAUCAAAAUGUAGAUUUCGGUACACGAAUGGAAGAUGGUAUAAUGGUCUAAUUGUUGACUUAGAUGGUUCUAGUUCUUCAGCAAAGGUUUCUUUCCUCAAUCCCACUUCGGAAAGUAUGCUGAUGUGCAACUUCUUUCUGCAGCAAAGAUGUCGGUUUGGUAACAACUGCCGCUUAUCACAUGGAAUCGAUGUUCCAUUAUCCUCGCUGAAAAAGUAUAUCCCAACAAUAUGGGAACAGUCAGCUGUGGGAUCGAGUGUUUGGGCAGUCUCUGAUGGUAGCGGUGGUCUUUGGAGAGGAGGGGAGCUUGAGUCGUGGGACGAUGAACAUAGGGUGGGGAAAGUAGUUUUCCGAGAUGAUGAAAGCUCUGCAAACCUAGGGGAUGAAGCUAUAACACUAUCGGAGUAUGCUAACAUGAGCAAUGAAGAAGAGAGUGAGUUAAGCUCGGAAGAAUCUGAUUCUAGUGACUACGACGAAGAUAGUCCACGGGGCAUAGGGUUUUUAGACAGCAGCACCUCGAAAAGUGGCAUCCAGAAAGAAACUGUCAUCUUUGCCAAGUGGGAGAACCACACUAGAGGUAUAGCUUCUAAGAUGAUGGCUAAUAUGGGUUAUCGGGAAGGAAUGGGAUUAGGUGUUUCUGGCCAGGGAAUCGUGGAUCCUAUAAAUGUCAGAGCUCUUCCUGCUAAACAAUCUCUCGAUCAUGCUGUUGAGUCUCGUGAAGAAGAAAAGAGCGAGAAAGUAAAGAAGCGGAGCAGAGGUGGUAAGAGGAAACGAGAUAAGAAGUUUGCAGCAUUAAAACGAGCUGCAAAAGAGAAAGAGGAAAUGGUUCCCGACGUCUUUACUCUUAUCAAUCACCAACUCUCGAAACAUGGGGAAGCUUUGAAUGAUUCAGUGAAAAAGCAGCAAAAUAGAGAUUCUGCUGCAGAGGGGAAAAAGGUCGAUCGGAGAGCUUUGGUUGCAUAUGAUGAUGAAGUUAAGGAGUUGAGAAUGAAAAUCGAGAAGCUUGAAGAAAUGGCAAACAGGAACAGAAAAGAAAAGGCGGUUUAUGAGGCAGCUAUGAGAAAAUUGAAUGAGACUCGGAAAACAUUAGCAGACACACAGGCAGCUCAUGCAUCUGCAUCGAAUGCAGUUACGAGCAAGGAAAAAGAGAAGAAAUGGCUGAAGUUUUGAAGCUUAUUUCUAUGUUUUUUUCUAUGUAGUAUUAGAUUUGUUACAAGAUGAAAUCUUGCACUGAAAUUGCUUUAUUUGUCAGCUAAAUCAUCAAAUUUGAGUGCCAUUCUCAAAUUUCAGUGGCUAUUUAUUUUUUAUAGGCUGCUAAUACAGAAUGUAAUCUCUCAUGAUAAUUCUCUGUUAUUUUGCCUUUUCCUAAUACCUCUUUUAUUAGGGUGCUUUUGGAAAGUCACAAUGUAAUUGGAUUUGUGUGUAAUUUGAGGUAAUUACACAAUUUGACAUGUUUGUCUGAUCAUGUAAUUA